GUGAUGCUGACACAGAAGCGCAUUUGCUGGUGCAGCUUGUUUGGCUCUGGGACCUGGCCUGAGCCGUGUCCUGUUUAAAUGCUAUUUCUCUUGGGCUGGCAUCAGGCGCAUCUCUGCUAGGGCAGCAUUGGCAGCAGAGCUGCGCUGGUGUCCAGCUCUGCCAGUGAACCCAUGCUAGUGUAGACGAAGCCUUACGCCAAAGUAAUGAAGGGACUGGAUUGUGACCAACACCUGCCUUUUGCUGGCGUGAAACUGGUUCAGGCAGUUUGACUCACACCUGUAAACUGAGCAUCCACUCGCCCACCUGAGCAUCCGCUCGCAAACUCUCAUCAGUUCGAUUGAACCUGUGUAAAAUCCCAUCCUCAAAGAGAUCCUCGUGCCUCUGCCUGUGGGUCAGGCUGAAAUUCCAGAUCCCUAGGCCACCUUAGAGGGACAAAAAGGCUGUGAGCCAGGUCUUGUCUACCUUUAAACGUGGCCAUGCCAGCAGUGUUAAGGCAGCAAACCCCCCACCCAGUGUAGAGACAGCUCUGCUGGUACAAAAGGGUUUGUGUCGGGGAAGUGAAAGAAGCUCUCCUAGCAUAUCUUUUAUACCACUUUUACUGUGGCUCCUGUGGGUUUUUUUCUGCCAUAAAUGUCACACACGGCUACCACUCUGAUACUUGACACCCGUCACAGUCAUAGCUCUGCCACUAAACCUUCUAGACCAGGGCUUUGCUUGAGCCCAGCGUACGUGGGUUAAACUGCAGGCUUGUCUGCAUAUGGACUUGUUCAGAAUAGCUCUGCUAUGAAAGUGGAUUCAGCGACACAGGAACAAGCUAAGUUCCCUGGAGGAAACGACAAUUACCUGGCCAUCACGGGGACGGCCCAUCCCUUCCUGUCGGGGGCGGAGACGUUCCACACCCCCAGCCUGGGGGAUGAGGAGUUUGAGAUCCCGCCCAUCUCCCUGGACGCCGACCCCUCGCUGGCUGUCUCAGACGUGGUGGGGCACUUCGAUGACCUGGGGGACCCCAGCAGCGCGCCCGACUCCGGCUUCUCCACCCAGUAUGGCGUGCAGGCCCUCGACAUGCCCGUGGGCAUGAACCACGGCCUCAUGGAGCAGGGCGGCGGGCUCCUGGCGGGGGGGCUGGCCAUGGACCUGGAUCACUCCAUGGGCACCCAGUACAGCACCAACCCGCCCGUCACGAUAGACGUGCCCAUGAGCCCUGGAGCACUGAUGGGGCACGGCCAGCUGACCACCAUCGACCAGUCCGAGCUGAGCUCCCAGCUGGGCCUGAGCCUGGGGGGCAGCUCCAUCCUGCCGCCCGCUGCCCAGUCGCCCGAGGAGCGGCUCUCCACCACGCCCUCCCCCACCAGCUCCCUGCAGGAGGACGAGCCUGAGGAGUUCAGACGGCAGCAGGUGCCGGCCCAGAAGGCUGCGCCAGUGGUGCUGGACGUGGGGCGGAAGCAGAAGCCCGCCAAGAAGCAGAAGAAGAAGAAGGACCCAAACGAGCCGCAGAAGCCGGUCUCGGCCUAUGCCCUGUUCUUCCGUGACACGCAGGCCGCCAUCAAGGGCCAGAACCCCAAUGCCACCUUCGGGGAGGUCUCUAAGAUCGUGGCCUCUAUGUGGGACAGCUUGGGCGAGGAGCAGAAACAGGUUUACAAGCGGAAGACGGAGGCGGCGAAGAAGGAGUAUCUGAAGGCGCUGGCGGCCUAUCGGGCUAUCCAGACGGUAGCCGAGACGGCGGAGCUGGACCUGAACCCAGUGCCGCCCCCAGCAGCUCCCCAGCCAGCACCAGCUCCGGCCCCCGCGGCCCCCUUGCCAGCCCCCACACCCCCUGCCCCCUCGCCGGUUCUGGAGUCCCCACCAGCCACCCCCCAGCCAGCGCCCACUCCCGGGAACCUCUGCUCGCCGCCACCAGCCCAGCCCAGCUUCACCAAGAUAAUCAUCCCCAAGCAGAUGCUGCCCUUGUCCUCGCAGGGCGGUGUGGUCACUGUCAUCCCCGUCACCUCCGUCACCUCCAGGGGGCUGCAGCUGGGCACAGGCGCCACCCAGAUAGUCACCCGCUCUGUGCUGCAGGCAGCGGCCGCUGCCGCCGCCGCUGCCUCCUCCAUGCAGCUGCCCCGGCUCCAGCCCCCGCCCCUGCAGCAGAUGCCCCCGCCCCAGCCCCCUGCCCAGCAGGUUGCCGUCCUGCAGCCGCCGCCGCCCUUGCAGGCCAUGCAGCAGCCCGCCCUGCAGCAGAAGGUGCGGCUCCACCUGCAGCAACAGCCCCCGCCCCUGCAGAUCAAGAUCCUGCCUCCACCAGCCCUGCAGAUCCAGCCUGUCACCCUGCAGCCUGAGGAGGCCAGUCCCGAGCGGCCCAGCCCGGAGCCCCAGGGCUCCCCGGAGCCCGUGGAGAUGAUCACGGCCGACGUGGUGCCCGAGGUGGAGUCCCCGACGCAGAUGGACGUGGAGCUGGUGUCGGAGUCACCCGUGGGGUUGUCGCCCCGGCCCCGCUGUGUGCGCUCCGGCUGCGACAAUCUGCCCGUCAGCAGCAGCGAAUGGGACAACGAGUACUGCAGCAGCGAGUGUGUCGUCAAACACUGCAGGGACGUGUUCCUAGCCUGGCUGGCUUCCCGCAACUCCAGCAGCAGCGUGGUCUUUGUGAAGUGAGCGGUGCCCGUUUUGAUUGCGGGCAGCGCCCGGCGCAGACAUGGCUGGGGACCAAGGGGGACCAUACCCCCUGGGGUGGGGGGAGGUGGUGCAGGCACAGACUUUGCUCUUCUGACAGGCCAGGCCUCUGGAGCUGAUUAAAGUGGGAGGGGCUGGA